AUGGGAUCUCCAGGGUCGGGCACCGGAAAUUCGAACACGCACACCAGCUCGAGCUUUCACACUCGUUACGGGCGCACAGGCACACCAUUAUACCAUUAUACUGGCCGAUCGAGGUGUACGGUAUAUACCAUGUACAUAUGGGAGUGUAGCGGUGCACCGGACUUUUGCUCGGGGGAUAGCGCUUGGGCGGAGGUUCUCUCGUCGUCCGGUCAUCCCCGGCGAUAUGACGGCGGUGGUGGUGGGGAGGGGGUGCGAGGUCCACCGCCCCUAUAG